GCUCCACAGAUGAUCAACAGUGGCAGAUGUACAGGGAGAGAUGUAGACGGAGUGAAUAGAAGAAUGAGAGUGUGACAGAGAGAGUGACAGGUGAGACAGAAAGACAUAGAGUGAACAAACGAACAGGAGUGACAGUGACAGAACCAGUCAGAGAAACAGUAUAUGAGUGAUAGAGGAAGUUAGCCUGAUAUUUGUGUUAGUUUGUUUAGAAGGAUGAGUGAAGCCGGAAGCAUCUUAACCCUGGAAGACAUCCCUGAAGGAAGGUUGGAGAAAAAGGGCUCCAUCAAGAAGAAGAUAGAGAAGUUGAGGAGAUGGAGCUCAUGCAGCAUAAAGAGGCCUUCUAAGAAGACUAAGACCAGAAGUCUGUCCUCCGCUACAGAGGCACCAGAGGAGACCUGGGGGCUCAAGACCCCCGAGAGGAGGAGGCUCAAACCCAUCAUCGCCUCCGUCUUCGGACAGGACAGAGACCUACGGCCAGAAGAGAUUGAAGAGCUGAAGGAGGCGUUCGGGGAGUUUGAUAAGGAUAAAGAUGGCUACAUCAGCUGUAAGGAACUGGGAGAGUGCAUGAGGACUAUGGGGUACAUGCCCACUGAGAUGGAGCUCAUCGAACUCAGUCAGAACAUCUGUGGCGGCAGAGUGGACUUUGAGGACUUUGUGGAGCUGAUGGGUCCUAAGAUGUUGGCAGAGACAGCAGACAUGAUAGGAGUGAAGGAGCUCAGGGAUGCUUUCAAAGAAUUUGACUCUAACGGGGACGGUCAGAUAAGCCUGGCUGAACUGAAGGAGGCCAUGAAAAAGCUGGUGGGGGAGCAGCUCAACCAACCAGAGAUCGACGAGAUCCUCCGAGAUGUCGACCUCAACGGGGACGGCCUGCUCGACUUCGAGGAGUUUGUCAGGAUGAUGUCUCGCUGACUCUCCUGGCCAGAAGACUGUGAUGACAUGACUUUAAGAGACUAGUAAACAACAAAACCUCCUCUGUUAGAUGUUAUGGACCAGUCCUCAGUGUGUUGUUGUACAUGUAAUUACAGUAUUAUUGAUGUACAAAUAUUUCAUGUUGUUUUUAGGGUAUUUGUUCUUACUUUUUUUCAUUGCUAUAUCAACAAUCCCUCCUAAUACUGUAUCUUUUUGUUGUAUAACUGUAAAACUGUAAUGAUAAUAGUAAUAAUAAUAUUUGUAAAGUGCUUUUCAUGUAGUAUGUUCAGUGCUACACUACGUUAUCAGCUAGUAUUGCUUUUGUAUAGUUUCAGCCAGUAAUUUUAAAAGUAGUGCUCACAAGCAAAAAUGGGUCCCCUUAAAUGUGUAUUACAGCAUCCAUUUUGUAUGAUAUGUUACGUCCUACAAAAUAUCCACAUAUAUAUAUAUAUAUAUAUAU